CGUCAAAAAUACACAAGGCUGCCGGAAAAGACAACGGAAGAGGCAUAAGAUUCGUGCCUUAUGAUUCAUGUGGGAUAAACGAGUCCGCUUAAUGAUUAUUCAUACUAAACGCGAGGUUGUCAAUGGUUUCACGAAAUGCAUGCAGAAAACUUUCCCACACAGUUCGUGUCUAAAUUUAAUCAUCUCUCAGUUUGGUUUUACAAUAUUUGGUUUUAUACAAUCUUCAAAAUAUAAACAGAGCGAUACAAAAGUCCAGCGGAGUUUCCUGCAAGUUUAAGCAUCCACGACCAGCUGUUUUGAGGCUGAGCAUCAAGAGAUCACAAUUCGACAAGGUGUGCGCGACGAAGAAAACAACGUCCACGCGUCGCGGUCGCCAGUUCAGCCUACAGUGGGAAGUAUUAUCAUCUCUUGACACGCAGCUCUUCCUACUUUAUUAUUUGUUGGUUUGCAGAGCUCAAGAGCAUGAACUGAAACGAUAUUUUCAUGUUAUUCUAUAUGUUUAUAAUCAGUGUUUACAUAUGUCGAGAAAAUGAAAAAUGUUAAAAGCAAGCGAAAAUCACUUAGGCGACAAUGGUCCGUAGAUGUUCCAUCUAGUAUUCAGAAGAAAUUUCGCGAGGUGACUGCGGCCCGACGAUCCAGAUCAUUUGACGAAGAGGUUUAUAAAGAGAAAUUACUCGAUGAUAAAGAAUACAAAGGAGAAGGCAAUAAUAAAUGCAAGGGCUCUUUCGAUAAUUUUGGACAAGCUGAUUCAGAACUACCUCAUUCGUCAUGCUCGAGUGGUUCCAGUCCUUGGUAUUCAUUUGACGACGACAACGAAGACACGGAAAGAGAAAUAAAUGAAACACAGCCUGGGUUAAACCGACCCGACAUCGACGACAUUCAAAUCGAUAUAAAAAGUAGCGAAAACUUGUCGCCGGCCAAACGAACGAAAGAUAUCGUAGGUUUAAGCACGAUAAACGAACUUGUUCCACGCAGUCCCAUUAAAAGAACAUCGCCGGCAGCUGAUAUCAACAAAGACAAAACAGGAAAUGAUGUCCCUAAGAAAUUUGCGAAAAACGAAGAGAUUGCAACUGGUGAAGAAGAACCGGAAAUUGGUGAACGUUAUCGUCGCUACGCGAUAUGUGAAGAAAUGGAAAAAUAUAUCAUAGUUGAUCAUAAGGGUCUCAGUCUGAGAAAAUAUCGCGAGACAUUGAUAAGGCAUCGAGUACUCAAGGAACUAUGUCUUCUUUGAAUCUAACUCAACUACACUGCUCACGCGAGUGAAAAUUUCCAUGUAUAUAAACAGUAUUGAAAAACUCAGCCUUGGGCAACAGUAUUAAAAUAAUUUCUGUUUUGUAGUAGACUCAAAAGCAUUUAUUUGCAUGAACGACAAAUUGCGGCCGGCUGCGCGCCUCUCUUCAGUUGCUGCGAUAACAUUUUAUUUAUGCGUAAAAUUUCCAUGUCAGUAUGUGGUUUCGAAAUAUGACAGUAUAUAAUAGCGAGGUCUAAUGACAGAGUUUUGUCGGGCAAGAAUGAAUAAAAUCUCUUUGGUUGUGGAUUGUUUGUUGUCGAAUUUAGCGCCGACGACGUUGAUUGAUCUGUUUGCACUUGCACAGAGUAUAAUAACAGUAUUUGGCAAUGCUAACCGAUGCUAAUUUUUAUCGAAGAUAUUGAUACGUUCUCCGCGGCAGAAAUAAAUUAUCCACUGGAAAAAAACGGCUCAUACCGCGAUGCCGUAGACGUUUAUUAGAAAAUAUAACGAUUGGGAAAUACUUCAUUCAACAUAUUCACAUGCAUACUAUAUUCAAUGAUUCAGACUUGGAAUUGCAUGUAGACCAUGUAAGACAAAUGUAAGAAUACGUGCAUGCAUGCACUUAUCAUGUAUGCAUGUCUACGAAA